AUGGAGCGACAACUGUCAGAGACUCGGGAGCGGAGCAGACAGCUGACAGACGAGCUGCAGCAGAUGGAGCAGGACUCUGAGGACGCUCAGGGGGAAAGUCGACACAAGUACAACCAGCUGAAGAAGAAGGAGGAGGAGGUCAACAGUUUCCUGGAGUCGUUCGAGGAUCAGAAACUGCAGCAGGUGAAGAAACAGCAGCAGAUUCAGCAGAACGUCCUGUCACUGCUGGAGCAGUGCAGCAGGAAUAUGGGCCGUCUGCAGCAGGUGGACUUUGUGACGGCUGGCGAGCUCAAGAACAUCCAGGAAGUCCUGCUCAGUAAAGAGACCGAGGUCAACCAAUCAGAGAGCACCACCAAGAGCCUCCACACGGAGUACAUGCGUCUGGUGCAGGACCUGGAGAAGGUGCAGCAGUUGGAGGGAAAGUUCUCGUCGGAGCUGGAGACUCGGAGACAACAGCUGCUGCAGAUGGAGACGGAGCUGAAGACCUACAGAGACCUGGAGGAGCUGAAGAGGAACGCACACACCAAGAAGAGGAGCCUGGAGGAGCAGCGAGUGUCUCUGAGUCAGAGGAGAGAGAGUUUCAAAGAACUGCUGAACGACAUGAAAAACAAAUAUGAAAAUCUGAAGAAGAACCUGGAGGAGAACGAGACACACACACAGCUCUGGAACCUGGAGAAGAAGUGGCAGCAUCUGGAGCAGAACAACUUCACGAUGAAAGACUUCAUCGCCUCCAAGUCUCAGGAGAGCGACUUCAGCCCCGUGGCCCAGAGAGUGACUCAGAAGGGGCCGGGGGUCAGAGUGACGGGGGUCAGAGUGACGGGGGUCAGAGUGACGGGGGUCAGAGUGACGGAGGUCAGAGUGACGGGGGUCAGAGUGACGGGGGUCAGAGUGACGGAGGUCAGAGUGACGGAGGUCAGAGUGACGGAGGUCAGAGUGACGGAGGUCAGAGUGACGGGGGUCAGGGGUCAGAGUGACGGGGGUCAGAGUGACGGGGGUCAGAGUGACGGGGGUCAGAGUGACGGGGGUCAGAGUGACGGGGGUCAGAGUGACGGGGGUCAGAGUGACGGAGGUCAGAGUGACGGGGGUCAGAGUGACGGGGGUCAGGGGUCAGGGGGUCAGAGUGACGGGUCUGACGGGGGUCUGUGCUGCGCGGCUCCAGCUUGA